AUGCGGCGCUGUAGGGUUGUGUGGGGGGGCAGCAACCCGCAGAGCAGCCCCGUGUUUGGGCUUCCGCCUGUGUCGCCUGCCGUUUCUCCUCUCCCGAAACUGCAUGGCUGGUGCGACGGCUCCGGCGAAGCUGAGCUGCCUCGUGAGGUGCUCGAGGGGCUGCGGCCCUGGCGCGCCGUCGCCUCGUUCCGCCUGUCUCCGCCUCCCCGCGCGGGCUUCGCAGGCGGCUGGGAGCGUGGGGAAGAAGAAGUCCGAACGCGAACCUCGAGCUGCGCGGAAACUCUGCAGGAGGAGCCUUUUACCGCGAACCAGGAACGCGCAGGCUCAGCGCUGCCUGAGGAGUCAAGUGAGGCCUUCGCUCACGCCGCCACUGCGGACGCAGGCAAGGCGAAUAGUUGUUUAGCGGCGAUUAGUAUGGCAUCACGGUGGAACCGGCAAGUAGCCGUCUUCUGGUGCUGCACGCCUGAGGCAGCGCGGGCCUUCGCUCCGUCGUCUCGUGUCACUUCCUCCUCUUGCUUCCGGCUGAAAACGAACGCGACGCCUCUGAGCGUGACCGCAGGCUUCACGUUUGAGUCUGCCGGCGCGGUAUGCGACAUCUCGGCGGCGGGUACGCCGAAAUCCUGA